AUGAGCCAAUUGCGUGUUCCCAUUCGAUCUCAGGAUGAUAAUGAAGAUUUUGCGCAAGAAUUGGAAGAAUCAUAUGUAAGUGACAAUGAAACUUGUUCACCAACCACUGAUAAUUCGCCAAGUGAAGUGACUGAAGUAACCGAAACGACUGAAGUAACUGAAACGACUGAAGUAAGCGAAGCGACCGAAGUAACCGAAAUGACCGAAGUGACUGAAAGAGGCGUAACUGAUGAGGAUGAAUCUUCCGAUGAAGAAGAGAAUUGGUCAAAUGUAAUUGAGAACUGGAUUGGAAUGUUAGAUAAUGAAAAUCGGUUAGAGAAUAGUGAAGUUGUAGAUGAUGAACUACCUGAAUUUGAAUUUGGUGGGCAUACUACUCACCCAGCAGAUGAUUUAUCAGCAAAAUGGAAUUUGUUAGAGUUAUUCAAUGAUUCAUUAGAUUCGCCUAUUUCUUUUGUUCUUCAAUAA